ACAAUCUUAUACAGCAUAGUUUUGCUUUUUUCAUACAUAUCAUAUCCUUUUCUGAUGAAAACAAUCCAAAAUUAUAAUCAAACUUGGAAAACGUAGAAAUAAUUGACGAAAAAUAAAGUAAGGUCGGAAAUCAUUCAAAAAUCACAAGAACUCAAAUAUCUCGGAAAAUGUUGAUUUUCGGAUAUAAAUAAAUAUGUUUCUUAUGACAGCAAAUGAGUCAUACUAACAUGUCCUCCAAGGUUCACAUCUAAUUUGAAAACACCCUUUUAAUGUUUUAGUUCUAUUUCUGGAGUAUAAUUUACCAUUGAAAUACUUAACACAAAACAUAGUCAAUUUUGGGAUAAUUGUAUAAUAUAAUAAAGUACAUAUUAUGCAUUUUAACUUAAUUUUUUUUUCAAUGAAGUUGCCCUCAACACAAAUAAUUGUAGAUAACAGCUAACAAUAGGUAUGUUGUAUUAUUUGGUGUUCGUUUCGAGGCCUUAAAUGCGAAUAAUUUUGAAAUCAGCAUGCAAGAGGAGCUGCAGGUUAAGGCUAUAAGAAUUCGGUAAGCCCUAAUUUCGAUAGCAUUUUCAAGAUUAUACCAGAAAAACUUCGCCAAUUGGCGGGUCAAAUUGAAUAUCAUUUAAUAUCACGCUGGAGAAUGAUAACAGCUUUUUCUUAUCUUUCAUGAAACUUUCCCCACUUUUCACUUAGUUUCAAGAUCAUGUUUAUUUUUAACGACACUGAUAAUUUCGUUUCAAGUUUCAGGAACAAUUAUGGAAGAAGUUUUCUUUCGAAACAAUUAUUAUGAUCUCAAGGCAGUCGAGAAGUCAAGAUGCUCUGAGAAUAUUGGAAUAAUGCAAACUGACUUAAAUUAAUCUACUUGUCGAAGAAAAAGUUUUUUAGUGGCAGUUAUAUUUUAACAUAAACAUGUUUUGUUUUCAUUUGUGUUUACUUUUUCAGAUUGUUUGUUAUAACGCGGUUGAAGCCGAUCCUCCAUGCAGAACGCCAAAUAACGAGAUAGGAAAAUGUAUCAUAAUAGAGAAAUGUACCGCUUUAUACUUCAUUCUACAGAAAAGACCACUUUCUUCAGCCGAUGCUAAUUUUCUCAGACAGUCUCAGUGUGGAUUUGUUGGUUUAGUUCCUAUGGUUUGUUGUCCUCCAACGACUUCAUCACUACCUACGUUACCAGCGUCAACAAGCAAUCCUUUUACUAGUAUUCCUGUAAAUACAGAAGAAUCAAAUGAAGGAGCUGUUCCAUCCAAUUUACUCCCCGAUAAAUUCACCUGUGGCCGAGCUAACUUUAAUAAAAUUUUUGGUGGUGAAGUGGCGGAACUAGACGAAUUCCCAUGGAUGGCAUUGAUAGAAUACGAAAAACCUAACCGCCAAAGAGGAUUUUAUUGUGGUGGAGUUCUAAUUACUAAACGAUACGUUUUAACUGCUUCCCAUUGUCUCAAAGGCAAGGAUCUCCCGAAAAAUUUGAAGUUGGUGAGUGUUCGUUUGGGAGAAUAUGACACAGAACAAGAUAGAGACUGUGUUACUUAUGGAAAGACUGAAUGUAGUGAUCCACCCGUUAAUGUGCCUGUUGAAGAAAGGAUAGCCCAUGAAAAGUAUGAUCCAAUGGAUAUAAACCAGUACUAUGACAUUGCUUUAUUGAGGCUAAUAAGAGAUGUACAAUAUACAGAUUAUGUAAGACCAAUAUGUUUACCAACACUUUCAGAGGAAAGGAAAAGAACUUACAAUGGAAUGACUUUGACAGUUGCUGGAUGGGGACUGACAGAAAAUCGAUCAUCUAGUAGCAUCAAACUAAAAGUAUUGAUUCCGGUAAUGAAGCUUUCUCAAUGCAAAGCGCUUCUAAGUAAAGCGAGAAAAGUGAUAUCUGAUGAACAAAUUUGUGCUGGAGGAGAAGAAAAUAAAAGUUCUUGCAGAGGCGACAGCGGCGGUCCCUUGAUGUCAUUAAGUGUGGACGAAAUUGGACUCCUCAACUGGUACCUUGCAGGAAUAGUAUCAUACGGCCCUAUUCCUUGUGGAUUUAAGGAUUGGCCAUCGGUCUAUACGAGGGUAUCUAAGUAUAUGGGAUGGAUUUUAAAACAUAUAGAACCUUAAUGAUAUUGAAUUAUUAUGCUUUGAUGUUCGUAUAAUCAUUAUAUUUCAACCGAAAGUAUUCCUUCCAUUUCAUAGUAGAACAAACAAGAACAAUUUGAUUGUUUAAGCCAACAUGUUUUGGUUUUUACUCUGAUUAACUUCACCGUUUUCAUUAGUGGAACUUAGGUAACCCUGAGAAAAUUCAAAUGAAUAUGAACUUGAAAUUUUAUUGUUUCCGAUAUUUUCUUUUCUUAAAUAAAUUCGGUAUACUCAA